AUGAUUCCAGACAGACUUCGCAACUUCCUCUACCCACCCGCCACUUCUCCCUCUCAAUCUACUCAGCAUUCUGUAGUUGCUGCCGAACCCCUAAUUGCCGAUCCCCCCUCAUCUCCUUCAGCCUUUGAGAAGCUUCUUGCCUCCGAAGACCUUCCUCCCCCUGGCCCUGACCACUUCCAUGCACGACGUGCAUUAUGGCUGACCCCGCUUUCCGUACCUCGUCCGCCGUCGCCACCUUCGGCUUCCGAAGCUCACACUCGGCUGGAGGAGUUGCUAAACAAACCUGGUGCCCUCGAGAACAAUGACGUCUGGCAAGCAGGCCUCGGAAAAGUCUGGAAGAGUCUCGUCAGCGGCGGGCGCCUUAAACAACUUCUUCCGCUCAAACUAGUUAUCAAGAUCCUGUAUGCUGGGUGGCUUCGCGACGGCACAUGGCCAGAAAAUGCAGCUGCGGUGGAGACUGACGACUUCUUCAGCCCUGCACAUGUCUACCCGCAUCCCCACUCUCCUGCACUCGGUUACGGCGAUGCAGGUAGACUCUCAUCAGGCGCGCCAUCCGACAGUACCUCAGCAGCAGUACGCAAUGGGUCGAUCAUUCAACAUUAG